AUGUCACAAUUUGAAAUCACCAUUCUGAUAUGGCUUUUUUGGCUUUGCAAUUUCUCACUUUGUAUGGAAAAAUUCAGAGAACAUGGUUUGGAACUCUCCUUGGGCAUCAGUUCAGAGCUUGAAAGUACAAAUAUAAAAUCUCCAAAACCUUCAAGUAGUUCCAAUUGGUUUAAACAUAUGAAAAUCGAUUGUGAUCAACAUGACAAAGUUUCUUGCAAAAAAACAAAAAUUACCACUUCAGAUCCCAAGAUGCAAGAAUCAGCUGUUAAUACCUAUCCAAAGAAUGUAGAACUACAAGAUCUUCACAGUUGCUGGUAUUAUGAAAAUUCUCAAGAUUCUCAUGGGUGGUGUAAUGCAGCAAAUUUGAACAUAGGCUUCGAUAACAGACAGAAGGAAAAGGUCAUAGGUUCAGAUACAGGCAAGAGGUACAUUGUGGCCCCAACUCAACUCAAGGACAAACAAUCUAUCUCCUCAGUUGUAGAUGAAUCUACAAUUAGUCCCAAUGGUAAUCUGAAUUACAUGUUUAGGCAAAGUGCCAAGAGACCCUUAAGUACAAAGACUCCCCCAGCAGAGAAAGCAUCAAAGUUCUUGUUUGGUUUUGAUUUGAAUAUCUCAGAACAAGAAAAUGAACUUGAAGCCAAAGGUUCUGGAGAUACUGAAGUUGUUCCUGAUUUGGGGGAUCAACACAGUCCAGAAACUUCAAAGAAAUCUGAAUCACACAAUCACAUCCCUGAAAGCAGCACAUCUGAACAUUCUAAACAUAGAGAUGUUGAUGAACUUUUUCAUCUUCAAAGACAAAUACAUACAUCACAGUCAGUGCAUGAUAUCUUCUCACCACAGUCACCUCCCAUGAUGAAUGAUAGACAGGUCAAGAUUGGUAUUGAUAUUCAAAGGUUCAAAGAGCAUAAACCUAUGAUAAUUUGUUCAUCUGCAGCUAUUCACUUUACUUGGGACCUUGUUUCUGUGAUUCAUCAUAAAUACACAUAUCGACAAAAUCCAGGUGACAACAUGAUUGAGAUGGGCAAAAAGAUAUGGACAUUUGACAUACUUUUGCCUCAAGUAUAUUUCUUAUUGACUUUGAACCCAAGUCUGGCCAUGUGGAAUAGAAUCAAGGGAAUAACCGGAAUUUUAUGCAGAGCCUACCAUUCUUGGUUGCUGGAUGAUAAACAAGAAUUAAAUCAAGAACAUCUUUCUAGGUUUCUUUUGUGGCACACAGAUGUGAUUUAUCAAAUUUGUAGAAACCGUUCUAUAAGCAAAUCAAUUGAGGAGGGAGGAAAUGAAACAUUUCGAGACCUGAUGGUGAAAAGAAUGUCAUCACUUCCGCGAAUUCUCAAACUGGUAUAUAAGCCAGUAGAUAAUGUGAAUCUACUGCGUUACAAAAAUACAAAUUCUUUCAUUUACAAUCAUUUCUCAAUCACUUGGAAAUCAGAUUUUCUCAGGGGGUAUCCAGAUGCAAGAUUGUUGUCAAGUGGAGAAGAAUCUAUUUCCAAAUUAUGGAAUACCAAGUCAAGAGAGAUAAUGCAGGUGGGGAGAACGUUGUCCUGGCCAAAAUAUUUGUUAUACAAAUCACCAGAAAAGCCUGUCCUACUGGUUCAUGAAGAUGUAGGAAGGGACAUUGAAAAUGAAAAAAAUGUUGAAGUGAGAGACUUCCUAAUAAAAUGGAAAACAAAUUUUGAGUCAAUGUUAUCUUCCACAAUGAACCAGAGAUUCUCACGGAAACUUCCUGUUUCAGAUCUGGAAUGCUACUGCUUGGGUUUUGAUCAUAUUGUAUCAACUUAUUCAGAAAGAAGCCACCCCAGUACUGGAUUAUGCUCAUCAGCUGAAUAUAAUGUAAAAUUGUUUGGCAAUUUUCUUUCACAUGAUUUUUCUGUACAACAGCCAGGAACAGGAAUACGUCAAGAUUUCUGGACAAGAUUCCCAAAAAAAUUGACAAAUGAUUAUGCUAGGAGCCUCCGAAGAAUUGGGAAGAGAAAAUAUUAA